AUGGUGAGGAGAAACGGCUGGUUCUGGCACCUGUUGCACAUGCCUGUCCUCACCCUUCUCAGACCACACUGGAGUCACUUCUCCUCCGGGCUGCUGCUUAACUUCAACGUCGGCGCAGCACUUGUGUUCAGCUUGUGUGUUGAACUGGAUACGACGAGCGGCAAAGCCAUGGCUUUCCUUCACAGAGCCUUCCUACCGCUGUUUCUCCAUCUCUGCUUGCUCAGCUGGAGCGUGUGGAGCAAGGUGGAGUUGACCAUGAAUGAUAAUCUGGAGGUGUAUUUGGGUGACUCAGUUGAAAUUCCCUGCCAGUACAGCUUUACCGACACUGACAACAAGCCUAGCUUUGUCAUGAUCCAGUGGUUUGUGAGAGCUGCAGGGAACAGCUCGCGGAUGCGGAUCUUCUAUGCCGACAGCAGUCAGCAGAUAGUUGAUAACAACACAGACUACAGCAGCCGCAUUGAAGUGACUUCAGAUGAGCAAGGAACACGGCUCAUUGUUCAUAAUGUCCAGCUGUCUGAUGAGAGGGAAUUCUUCUGCCAAGUCAAUGGGCUGGCUGCUGGCACGGCUGAACGCAAGACCCACCUCAGAGUGUUCGCUCCUCCAGAGGCUCCCAUCAUCGAGGGUGUCCAUUCUGGAAUAUCUGUGACAAAAGAAACACUUUCUAAGGUGGCAUCAUGUGAGGCUCGAAAUGGCUUCCCUAAACCCAACAUCACCUGGUACAGAGACGGCCUGCCACUGACAACCACACCAGGAUAUGUAAAUGUGCUGAUCCUGGUGACCCGAGAGUCCAGCGGUUUCUACUCUGUCCAGAGCACGCUGGACUACAAAGUGGUAAAGGAGGACAAGGACUCCCAUUUCUCCUGUGAGGUCAGCUUUUUUGUUCCAGGAGCCAUCAGGACAACAGAGUCCCAAAGCAUCAACGUUACAGUUCACUACCCCACCACCAUGGUGGAACUGUGGAAGGAGUCACCCCAGGGCUUGGUCAAAGAGGGGGAUACUGUGGAGCUACGUUGCCAGGGUGAUGGCAACCCCCCGUCACCAUUCAUUUUCAACAGAGAACAAGACUUGGAUGUGGAUUUGGAGAGCAGGGGUGAUGUACUGAUCCUGUCACCAGUGUCCCGUAAAGACAACGGCGUCUACCAGUGCCGACCUCUGGAUGCUGAUGGCCAAGCCGAUGUGAAGGGAGAUAUGCAACUCACUGUUCAUUAUUUGGACCCAGCGGUUGUGGUGCCAAAAGACACAGAGGUUAUGCUCAGAGGAGAAGAUCUAACUGCAACUUGCAAUGCUCUGUCCUCCCUCAAAACAUCCACCAUCUGGUACAAGGAUGGGAAGCAGGUGGGUCAGGGGAACACUCUGCACUUGAGGGAUGCCACCUAUGAAACAAGUGGAGAAUACAUAUGUGAGGUGACUGUUCCCUCCCUGCCAAGCCUGCACACCAGCGGCUCUGUUCACAUCAUCGUCCAAGGUGGUCCCCAAAUGGUGGGCAUGCAGCAGGAGGUGUUGGAGGAGGCAUCGGGCAGGCUGGUGAACCUGAGCUGUGAGGCUCAGGGGCAUCCACUGCCCAGCAUCUCCUGGAACAUCAUCGGCAGUCAGAACUGGCAAGAAGUGUUAAGCAAAGCCAACAACGACCUGACUCACAGCGUGGUGUCUGUCAAAGUCACCUCAGACAUCAGCGCUCUGUGCAACGCUUCCAACGACAUGGGCACCGACGUCAAGGCUUUCAGCAUCAAAGCCAUUCCCAGGGUCACCACAACUGCUCCAUUCUCUCCUGCUGAGGGCAGUGGGGUGAUCAUAGUGGUCAUCAUCCUGUGCCUGCUGCUGCUGGCCUUCCUGGGCAGUAUCCUCUACUUCUUGCACAAGAAGGGGAAGAUCCCCUGCGGACGCUCAGGCAAACAGGAGAUCACCAAAGAGAAGACCACCAAAGAUGACAUUGUCGUGGAAAUGAAGACCACCGCUAAGAACGAGGACGCCGUGCUCCUGAAGGCCGUCAACGGAGAAAAGAAGGGUGCUAAUGACCAGUGAAGGCUGGACGUGCAGCGGGCAGCAGGUCGCAUGAAGCCACCAGAGUGUGUCAACGCUCCGCUGGGCCGACGCCCCCCCCCCACAACCACGCUUUGUUCUCAGCAGUAUUCAGUCGAUUUACACAGGAAAACACAAUACACACUCACAUCCACACACACUCACACAUCCACACCUACGUCAGAGCACCUGUUCUCUUUGUAUGAAUGUCUUCUUCCUCGUCAUUAUGUUUCUUUUCUUCAUUUUUUUCCAGCUGUGUUCAGAUUUCAGCUGACGCUGCGUGCAUGAUGGCAUUUCAUGUUCCCCAUCCUUCUUUUUUAUGAUAGUGUAUAUAUUAUAUAUAUUUUGUUAUUUAAGAUAUUUUGACUCUCAGAUAUUCAUUUCUUCCAGCUCCUGUUCAUAUCUGUCCUCAUGGUUCCAGGUGAGAUUUUAGACAGAGCACGAUGUCACAUGUCCAAAUUUGGACUUCUGAGACAUCUGUCCAAGUUUGAUACUGAUAUUUGUAAAAAGAAAAGAAAAAAAAAAAACGAGUCCCUUGUUCAAUAACCAUUGUUUGAGCAUCAGGAGGUCGACCGGCAGGAUAAUCACAUCAGUAACCAGACACACUGGGCGGCCUUCUUUUCAAACUGCUGUCACACCGUUGUACUGUUUGUAAAUACGCGUAGUGGAGACCUGUUAGAGGAAGCCUCCCACUCUCUGAGGCUGAGGAGGUCCGUUAGAGAUCUGCUGUGCCCGUUUCGUUUUGUUUUUUCUACACCUCUGCGUACACUGAACCCGUUUCCUUUGCGUUGCCACUGAGAGGCCGCGGCUCGAGGAGGCGUCCCAGUAUUUUUGCAUGUUUUAUGUUCGGCUCAAGCUCCAGGGAUUUUCGUUGGUUUUAUUGUUUUAGCUGUUACCUUCCGGAAGAGCACAACGAGGCACUGACCGCUGUGGCGGGCUGCAGUACUCAGCCAGGACACUGUCCCCUGCAGUGGUUGUUACUUGCACCACCCUCCAGCUGGAUGGAGAGCUAGCGAUGAGGGAGCUACACCCCCCCUGCAUCAGCUGCAGGACGGAGACAGGUCACCUCACCUCACAUUUUCAGUCACAUUUGCUCGAUGCGCUGAACAUCGUUUUGUUUCAAGUCUUUUUAAAUGACCUCUGAGCUCUCCAAAGAUUGAGAAACUGCCACUACAGGGCGCACCGUUCAGCCCUCUGAGUCAAACGGGGUUUAAGUGGGCUGAUGUGAAACAUGCACAAAUGCUGCUGAGCUCCUCCAAGGGCCACAGUUGUGAAUACCGCUCACUGUCUGUUGUCGUGAGAUUUGUUCUGUUCCGAGCGUGCAUUUGCCCUGAUGACUUGCAACAUUAACACGGUAGCAAAGUGUUUGUUUGUUUUUUUUUCUUUUCCUCCACGUCAGGACAUCCUGAAGCGAGAUCAGUGCACGUGUGCGCUGAUCCACAACAAACACUUGUGAAUGGGUCCAUCAGUCCGCAACUAUUUUUAAGGGUUAAAUCAUUUGUUUGUUAAUGUUCUGCUUUUUUGGAAGCUAAAAAUGACCUUCUGUUCUUUUUUUAUAAAUGUGUGUAAAUUAAGUGCUGUACAUGUGACCCUUUGAUGCUUGCAUUUUUUUUUUUUUUUUGAAAAAAAAAAAGUAAUGCCA